AUGGUACAAACAUUUUCGAAGCCCGUCACUCUGCUGUUCCACAACCAAGACAACCAUUGGACCUUGUACAUGUGGCUGAGGGCCAGCAGUGCCUUUGAGAAAUACAACUCUCUGAAGACAGCCGGAACAAUGUCGAACACAUCGCCAGUUGUGGACUUCGUUUGCUGGGUCCUAGGCCCAAAUGUUGUUAUUAACUUUCGCGAAGCAGAGUGUCCACAACAGAAGAACACCUAUGACUGUGGCAUAUACUGCCUGCAAAUCGCCGAACAUCUUGCUGCUCGUGCUUCUUCAUCGAUCAACAUCAGCGCCAGUCACGUAGUACGGAAUCAGCUACAAGAGGCCCUUGUGACGUCGUGGGAAUGUACGUUACGCACUUCCGAGAUAUCUCCAUACUUCAUGCUCAUGGCUUCGAAUGUCCCUAGCCGCUUUCGACAGCUGCAUGGCAUCCGAAAGCGUCGGAGGCUUCUUGUGUCCCUCAACGAGCCCACCCAAGCAUAUCCGCUCGCCACACAAACUUUUUUCGGCCUCGAUCAGCAGUUUCGCCAAGAGAUGCAGUCUGCUGCGCUCUGCGUGCUUGCCGGUAUUAUCUCAGAGCUGCACUCCAGACACCUGCAGAUGCUACAAGAAACCCUUGCUCCUUAUGAGCGCGCCCAGCAACGAACGCGUGAAGCCGAAGAGAAGAUGCUCCACCAUGUCAAAGGCGUCAUCGAUUCUUACAACUCAGUACCCGAUGUGGCAGCUGAGCAACUGUCUCCUGCUCAGAUGUUGUUGCGAAAAAGCCUUCAGUCUCUGAAAGCAGCUGCCGAAGCUACGCAACAGUGUUGGGACCUGGCUGGUAGUAGCCGAGCGCUGGAGCAAGAUACAAGUUCUCUUGCUAGUAAUGCAUACGCGCAAUGCGUCGCUAUGCUCCUAGUCUUGCGAUACGCCGUUGGCAAGUUUCGCAGGGUCCGAGGUUGA